UUGAGCAAUCUAAUUCCCUAUGAUGGUCCAAGAGUUACUUUUGGAGGAAGCAAUGAUUUUGGCCUUACCAAAGGGCUAGGAAAUCUGGUGUACAAGGGACUAACUAUCCAAGCUGUAUCUUAUGUUGAAGGUCUCAAUUACAACCUUCUUAGCAUAAGUCAGUUUUGUGAUAAAGGUUACUCCUUGGAAUUCUGCAAGAACAUGGCAUCUCUCAAGAACAUCUCCACAAAUGAAGUCAUUCUCACUGGGAAGAGAAUCAGAAACAUCUAUGAAGUAAUAUGGAGUGAUGUCAAGGAAGCAUGUCUAAUCAGCAAAGACAAGGAUGAAGAAGUUAAUAAAGGAGAUAGAAUGAAGCCCACGGAAUUCAUUCCAUUCAGAAGUCUGCCUCUGAAGAUUUCACAGAGAAAUCCAGAUUCAGACAGUGCUGAGCCCUCCGGAAAUUUUGACCAGCCUUCCAAUAUUCCGGAUAUCUCAAACGGCGACAAUUCCGGAAAUGGCGACCCAGUUCCAAUCCAUCCGGAAACACCAACAACUUCUGUUCUUCAACCAGAAGCUGAACUAGAUCAACCAGUCAAUCCCAAUCAACACAAUCUUCGUUGGUUAAGGGAUCAUCCUCCUCAACAGAUCAUUGGAAAUAUUCAAUCUGGUGUUCGCACAAGGAGUGCCCAACAGAAUCUAGAAGCUAUGCUUGCUUGUUUCAUCUCAC